AUGGAGGAUCAGGAGCUUGAUCGCUUGCCAUCGCGCCACGAGCUGCUCGCCCAACUCGAGCGGGACUACUUACUGCCUGCAGAGGAUCUGGACCAUCGCUGGCAAUUACGAUUUCCAUUCGAUCUACCUGCGCCGCCUUUAUCACUAGCACCGUUACCUCAGACUCAUACCAUUCUCCCUAACACCAAAGGCUUGUCCGCUCAAUUCGCAGGCUGGAGAGAAGCACUCGCACCUCGGCAACCUGCUCAUCCGACGCUUUCCUCUUCUUCGAACCGAGCUCCAGGUGAUCUUCAGAAUUUUGUCAGAGGAAAAGGAAGUUAUGCUCCAUUCCUACCUGGUGGACUGGAACCUGAAGUUAAGCAGGCGGAAGAGGACGAAGAGGAAGAUGAAGAUGAGGAUGGAUGGCGGACGAGAGCCCCUGGACUCCCACGCGGUCUCAAGUUACAAGGAGCCGAUGACUUUUUAUCUGAGAUGCUUGGCUCAUCGUCGAUAGCACCAAAAGCAAAGCAUCGUAGGACCGAUGGAGAUUCUCCGACGCUCGAGGUUUCCCGCCUACCCGAUGCUGAACUCCGGUCGACCUCCCGCAAAAAUGUCGAUGAUCUCCUUCCCGUUGGGCGGCUUCCUGCUCCACCUCCUUCUCGCCGGCAAUUCAAGGCUCAACGGAAAGAAUGGGCUCAUAUUGUGGAUGUCAAGCAGGAACUGGUCAAUUUCGACGAACUCGUUCCCGAACCCGCUAGAACCUACCCAUUCACUCUGGACAAUUUCCAAAAAGAAGCCGUGUAUCGUUUAGAAAUGGGUGACAGCGUUUUCGUCGCUGCUCAUACAUCGGCCGGAAAGACCGUCGUCGCAGAAUACGCCAUAGCCCUAGCUGCAAAGCAUAUGACUAGGGCGAUCUACACGUCGCCUAUCAAAGCUCUUUCGAAUCAGAAGUUCAGAGACUUCAAAACGACAUUCGAUCCCAAUAUGGUCGGUAUCCUUACCGGAGAUGUUCAGAUCAACGCAGAAGGCAAUUGUCUGAUCAUGACGACGGAAAUCCUGCGAAGCAUGUUGUACAAGGGUGCAGAUUUGAUUCGAGACGUCGAGUUUGUUAUUUUCGACGAAGUGCACUAUGUCAACGAUGCAGAGCGAGGUGUCGUAUGGGAAGAGGUCAUCAUCAUGCUCCCUGAGCACGUCAACAUCAUACUUCUGUCCGCCACAGUUCCCAACACCAAGGAGUUUGCAGAUUGGGUCGGUCGGACGAAAAAGAAGGAUAUCUACGUCAUUUCGACGCCGAUGCGACCUGUACCUCUGGAGCAUUUUCUAUGGGCCGGUCGUGACCUUCACAAGAUCGUCGACUCCAAGUCUCGCUUCAUUGCCGAUGGGUACAAAUCCGCCACGGAAGCGCUGCGCCGCAAGCAGGACAAGGAACGCGAGGCGGCAGGGCUUCCACCGAUACAACGCACCGGUGGUCGAGGAGGUCCUCCCACACGAGCUCGAGAGCUGCCGACCGGGCGAGCUGCUCCCUUCACUCGUGUUGGGGGCGGUCGUACCCAUACGAAUCGUGGUGGUGGGAUCAACGGUGCGCCGAUACCUCGCGGCGGCGGCGGCGGUGGUGGUGGUGGUGGUCCUCGCGGCGGCGGAGGCGGCGGUGGUGGUGGUCCUCGCGGCCCUCGAAGCUUCAACCUGGACCAAAACGUCUGGACACAUCUGGUCAACUAUCUCAAGAAGCAAAAUCUCUUGCCGGUAGUCAAUUUUGUCUUCAGCAAGAAACGCUGCGAGGAAUAUGCCGGCUCAUUGAACAAUAUGGAUCUGUGCGAUGCCAAGGAGAAGAGCGAGGUUCACAUUACCUGGGAACGGGCUCUGACCCGCUUAAAAGGCUCCGAUAAGGAGCUUCCCCAAAUUUUGAGAAUGCGAGAGCUGCUCGGUCGAGGCAUUGGUGUUCACCACGGAGGUCUUCUUCCUUUAGUCAAAGAGGUUGUCGAAAUUUUAUUCUCUCGAGGUCUAGUAAAGGUCCUCUUUGCUACCGAAACAUUUGCUAUGGGCGUCAAUAUGCCAGCAAAAUCUGUCGUCUUCGCGGGCAUUCGCAAACACGAUGGAACGUCCUUCCGAAAUCUCCUGGCUGGAGAGUACACACAAAUGGCCGGUCGAGCUGGUCGUCGUGGUCUAGAUACAACGGGAACAGUCAUCAUUCUUAGCGGAGACGAGCUUCCAUCGGUCCAAGAUCUCACAGAGAUGAUGUUGGGGGUUCCAAAUCGCCUCUCAUCUCAGUUCCGCCUUACCUAUAACAUGAUCCUGAACCUGCUUCGUGUCGAAGCUCUACGGGUGGAAGAAAUGAUCAAGCGGAGUUUCUCGGAGAAUGCAGCGCAGAAGCUUGCACCGGAACAGCAGCGGCAGGUCGCACAUACGGAAAAGCAACUCGCCCGACUGCCCAAAGUGACAUGCGAUAAAUGUGCUAAAGACAUCAUGGCAUUCUACGAUCUUUCCGCUGAGAUUGUCCGACUCAACACCCAGCUCCUUAAAACCGCCUCAUGGAAUCCGCAAGCGGGCAAGAUCCUUGCCCCCGGUCGUGUCAUUGUUCUUCGCAAUAACCAUUUCCCCGGCAACUUGGCGGUGAUACUGCGUAAUGCCCCAUCCUUGGUCCGAGACGGGAUCAAGACAGAUGCGAAAGCCUUCCUCGUGCUUGUUCUCGUGACGAAAGGCCAAGAACCCGUCGACUCGUUACCGCCACGUUGGCCUGCGGUCCUGCCUUCCGGUUCUUUCUCGUCCCCUACGUGGGAGAUCACAACUGUCGACGCCUUCAGUAUAUCUGUUGUCGACUCCAAUGCCGUUAUCGAUAAGAAAUCUCGAGAGGCGCGGCAGAAGACGACCGACGACCUCGCCAUCUUGCACGAAGAGCUAUCCGGUUCGGAUCUUGAAGUCUCCUGGUCUAGAAUGCGGGAUCUUGAUUUCCAAGAGAUGCUCAAACAGCGCAAUAUUCUUUUCGAACGCGUAUCCAAGCUUGAGUGUCAGACAUGUGAGAACUUUGAAGAGAACUAUGCUAUCACGCACGAGAUCAAACUUGUAGAGGCGAGCUUGACCCAGCUCAAGAUUGCCCUGUCGGAUCAGAACCUCGAGCUCUUGCCAGACUACGAGUCUCGGGUUCAAGUUCUCAAGCGCCUGAAAUUCAUCGACGAUAAUGCCACAGUGCUCCUCAAGGGUCGCGUGGCAUGUGAAAUAAAUUCCGCCAACGAGCUCAUCCUCACGGAACUCAUUCUCGAAAACAUUCUCGCCGACUAUACCCCUGAAGAGGUCGUUGCUCUCCUCUCGAUUUUCGUCUUUGUCGAAAAGACUGACUCGCAACCGAUGAUCCCUGCCAAGCUGGCGACUGGUCUCGAUGUCAUUUACCGUAUAGCUGACGAGGUGGAACGCGAGCAAGACCACUGCGGCGUUCAGCAUCAAGACUUCAAGGAGACAUUCAAGCCUGGUCUAGUGGAGGUGGUUUAUGAAUGGGCAAAGGGUGUCCCCUUCAAUCAAAUCACCGACCUGACCGACGUGCCCGAAGGCACUAUCGUUCGUGUCAUCACUCGUCUCGACGAGACGUGUCGCGAAGUCCGGGAUGCUGCGCGGGUUAUAGGUGAUGCCGAGCUGUUCCAGAAGAUGGAAGCUGCCCAGGCGCUCAUCAAAAGGGACAGUGAGUGA